CGCCGGGGUUAACCCCCUCGGGCCCGGGCCGGGCGGCUUCAGAAGCACGUGGGCCGAGUUCAGAGGGCCCUUCCUUCCUCGCCUCCUUCGGACACUUUCUUAUGCAGAGAGAGAGAGAGAGAGAGAGGUGUUGUCGAAGGCUUUCAUGGCCGCAAUCACUAGGUUGCUGUGAGUUUUCCGAGCUGUCCGGCCAUGUUCCAGAAGCAUUCUCUCCUGACGUUUCGCCUGCAUCUAUGGCAAGGUUGUGAGGUCUGUUGGAAACUAGGCAAGUGAGGUUUAUACACCCGUGGAAUAGUGCCCAGGAAGAGAAUGAUCUUUGCCCAAUCGGGGCACGUGCCUCCAGAGCUCUGCCAAUGUGGCCUGCGCGCGCCCCAGCGGCGCGACACGGGUUCUCGUCUCGUCUGAACACGCAGCGCCGCUUGGUACCAGCAAGGCUUUUUUUUUUUUAAUUCGUUUGUUUUGGCAAACCUUUCUGUGAGCCAUCAGAAGCUAUCUAAAACCUCUGUGACCCAGAGAUGCCACUGAGUGGGCCCCUUUUCCUCCUGGGGUGGAGGAGGCGACGUAUUUCCUUUCCCAAGGUGUGCCACAAACUGGCCCAGCGCAUCUGUAUCCUCAUUUUGGAAUGGGCUGUUGAAAAACCUAGUGCUUUUGGGUUGUGAGUUUUUCGGGCAGUAUGGCUAUGUUGAAGAAGCAUUCUUUCCUGACAUUUCAUCCACAUCUAUGGCAGGCAUUUGAAACUGGUCAAGUGAGGUUUAUAUAUCUGGAAUGUUCAGGGUGGGAGAGAGAACUCUUGUCUGCGUGAGGCAAGUGUGAAUGUUGUGAUUCACCUGGAUUAGCAUUGAAUAGCAUUCAGCUUCAAAGCCUGAUUGCUUCCUGCCUGGGGGAAUCCUUUGUUGGGGGGUGUUAGCUGGCCCUGAUAGUUUCUUGUCUGGAAUUCCCCUGUCUUUUGAGUUUGUUCUUUAUUUACUGUUCUGAUUUUGGAGUUUUUAAAAUACUGGUAGCCAGAUUUUGUUCAUUUUCGUGGUUCCUCCUUUCUGUUGAAAUUGUCCACAUACUUGUGGAUUUCAGUGGCUUCUCUAUGUAGUCUGACAUGGUGGUUGUUAGAGUGGUCCAGCAUUUCUGCGUUCUCAAAUAAUAUUUUGUGUCCAAGUUAGUUCAUCAAGUGCUCUUCUAUGGCUGACUUCUCUGGUUGUAUUAGUCUGUAGAGCCUAUUGUGUUCCUUGAUUCAUGUUUGGGCAUCGCUGCGUUUGGUGGUCCGAAGCGAUCUGAGGCCUUUGUGAGUCAGAGAUGCCAAGCCCAUGGGCACUGAGUGGGCCCCCUUUCCUCCUAGGGUGGAGGAGGCGACAUCUUUCCUUUCCCAAGAUGUGCCACAAACUGGACCAGCGCACCUGUAUCCUCUUUUUGGAAUUGGUUGAUGAAAAGUGUAGUGCUUCCCCCCCCCCCCCAAUAUGUUUCUUUUCCUCUUCUCUCCAGUCCCCAAGCCAGGAAUUGAGGACUGUACAGAGCCACUCUUGGGUGCGGUAAGAAGACCAAUAAUAUACAAAGAAUAAAUCCUCUGAAGGUGAUGAUCUUGCUGAAGUUUUGACCUCACUUACACAUAAGAAAGGAAAGUAGAAGAGUCAAGUAUCUGUAUUGCAAUUCAACACCCAUUUCACUGUUGACAUGACAGAGAAACCCUAUAAAUGUGUGGAGUGUGGACAGAGCUUUACUCAGAAUGGACAUUUACGUACACAUCAAAGGACACACACUGGGGAGAAACCCUAUAAAUGCCCGGAGUGUGGACAGAGCUUCAGUGAGAGUGGAAGUCUACGUACACAUCAGAGGACUCACACCGGGGAGAAACCCUAUAAAUGCCUGGAGUGUGGACAGAGCUUCACUCAGAGUGGAAGUCUACAAAAACAUACAAGGAUUCACACUGGGGAGAAACCCUAUCAAUGCCUGGAGUGUGGACAUAGCUUCGCUGAGAAUGGAAGUCUACGUAAACAUAAAAGGACUCACACUGGGGAGAAACCCUAUCAAUGUCUGGAGUGUGGGCGGAGCUUCCGUGAGAGUGGAAAUCUACGUACACAUCAAAGUACUCACACCGGGGAGAAACCCUAUAAAUGCCUGGAGUGUGGACAGAGCUUCACUCAGAGCGGAAGUCUACGCUCACAUCAAAGGAUUCACACUGGGGAGAAACCCUAUAAAUGCCUGGAGUGCGGAAUUAGCUUUACUUGUAGUGCAAGUCUACGCUCACAUCAAUGGAUUCACACUGGGGAGAAACCCUAUACAUGCCUGGAGUGUGGACAGAGCUUCACUCAGAAUGGACAUCUACGUACACAUCAAAGGACUCACACUGGGGAGAAACCUUAUAAAUGCCUGGAGUGUGGACAGAGCUUCACUCAGAAUGGAAGUCUACAAAAACAUAAAAGGAUUCACACUGGGGAGAAACCCUAUUAAUGCCUGGAGUGUGGACAGAGCUUCAGUGCGAGUUCCCAUCUACACAGGCAUCAGAGAAUAGUCAUCAUUGUCACCAGAGUGUCUUUCUAACAUGUACAAAAGCAACUAGAUUAUGAAGAACUGCAAAUUCGCCAAAAUGUACAAACCGAGAACAAUACGGGCACAUGUCAGUUGUAAGAUUAAUUGGAAAAGUGAUAUCUAAAGUAGAAGUGUGAUUAUAUAUUUUACUAGCUGUGCCCAGCCACGCGUUGCUGUGGCAAAGUGGUGGUGGUAUUGGUUUAAAAUUGUUGUGUAAUUUUUAUUUGACAUUAUUUGUAUUUUUUAAUUAAUUUUAUUGUAAGUUAUCUUUUUGUUGUUACGGUAUUUUAUUGUAUUAAUUUUUUAAGUGUUUUUAAUUAUUUUUAGUGUUUUUUAUUAUUUUUAUUGGGUUGCUAGGAGACCAAGUUGGAGGAGCUUAGCCUUCUAACUGGCAGCAAUUGGAUAAAAGCAAUUAUUCCUCUCUCUCUAAUUAGGACUUUAUUUUUCUUUUCUUUUUUGUUGUAUCAACCUAGAGCCGUGGAUGAUGGGUUGUGUCGUCAAAUUUUGAGGUUGGGGGGCCUGUAGUUUUGUUGUUUUGUGGGUCGCCGUGAUGCCAUCACUCUUUUAUAUAUAUAGAUAAAUGUGAAUUAUGGAAAAAAGAAUAAAAAAUAGAAGUCCA